CGGCGUGUCCUAGGGGCGCUGCGUCGGGCAGAGCUGCUGGGGGGCUGCUCCUCCCAGGCUCUGGGCUCUGGUCCGAUCUCCGCGCUCUCUGCUCCGCGUACCCUCGCUACUGUCUCCUUAGAGGCAACUUCUAGCGAGCCCCCAGCUCCAUUUCACCCCACACUGCCCCCACCCCGUCCCAUUCCUCGGCCGUCCGGCCGUCUCUCGCGCCCUCUGGUCCCCGGAGCACCAAGGCCAUGGGCAUCCGAGGGAUGCUUCGAGCUGCCGUGCUCCUGCUGCUCAUCAGGACCUGGCUCGCGGAGAGCAACGACCCCAGUUCUACCCCGAAAUUCCACUUUGAGCUCUCCUCCACUGUGCCCGAAGUCGUCCUGAACCUCUUCAACUGCAAAAAUUGUGCAAAUGAAGCUGUGGUUCACAAGAUUUUGGACAGGGUGCUGUCGAGAUAUGAUGCCCGUCUGAGACCAAAUUUUGGAGGUGCCCCUGUGCCUGUGGGAGUAUCUAUUUAUGUCUCCAGUAUUGAAGAAAUCUCAGAAAUGACUAUGGACUAUACAAUCACGAUGAUUUUUCAUCAGACCUGGAAAGAUCCACGUUUAGCAUACUAUGAGACCAACCUGACCCUGACCCUGGACUAUCGGAUGCUUGAGAAGUUGUGGGUCCCCGACUGCUACUUUCUAAAUAGCAAGGAUGCUUUCGUGCAUGACGUGACUGUGGAAAAUCGCAUGUUUCAGCUUCACCCAGAUGGAACGGUGCGGUAUGGCAUCCGACUCACCACCACAGCAGCUUGUUCCCUGAAUCUACAAAAAUUCCCUCUGGACAAGCAGACCUGCAAGCUGGAGGUGGAGAGCUAUGGCUACACGGUUGAAGACAUUGUAUUAUACUGGGAAGGCAAUGGGAAUGCCAUCCAGGGGACUGAGAAGCUGCAGAUCCCUCAGUUCAGCUUCCUGGGGAAGACAAUGACUAGCAAAGAGGUGUUUUUCUUCACAGGUUCCUAUGUGCGCCUGAUACUGAGGUUCCUGGUCCAGAGGGAAGUCACCAGCUAUCUUGUGCAGAUCUAUUGGCCUACCAUCCUCACCACUGUUGUCUCUUGGAUAUCGUUUUGGAUGAACUAUGAAUCCUCUGCAGCCAGGGUGACAGUUGGUCUGACUUCAAUGCUCGUCCUGAAUGCCAUCAACUCACAUCUGCGGGAUAAACUCCCCCAAGUUUCUUGUAUCAAGGCUAUUGACAUCUAUAUGGUUGUAUGCCUCUUCUUCGUGUUCCUGUCCUUGCUGGAAUACGUCCACAUCAACUAUCUUUUCUACAGCCGAAGACCCCGACGCCAUCAUAGGCGACGCAGGAGAGCCCGAAGAGUCAUGGCCCGCUAUCACUACCAGGAAAUGAAGCGUCAGUACCUUGCACACCAGAGACCCGAGGAAGACAUGACUCUCUCAGUGGAAGAGAUGAAGAAUCACAUGAGAAGUGCUGAUGAGGAAAACCCGCACCGUCUUCCCUCCCCAUCAGUGUUUGUUCAUGUAGGAUCUGAUCCUACCGACUUCAGGAAUCUAUCUACCGUCUCCUCAAAGGAUGACCAGGUUAACAUAGAAGAUGAAAAUGGCUCUCCUCCCUCCAGACCAGAGGAGGCCCACCUGGGAAGCCCAGAAAGCCUUGGGUCUUUGACCUCCCUCUCAGUGCAGGCCCCACUGGCCACCUCCGAAAGCCUCAGCUCACUGUCUUCUCUCUCAGUCCAGGCCUUGGUGGCUACUGGAGAAAGCCUGAGUGAUCUCCCGGCCACCUCAGAGCAGCCCCUGCACAGCUAUGGCAUUCGCUUUAAUGGUUUCAAGAUUGAUGACAGUAUUAUUCCUACCGAAAUCCGCAACCGUGCUGAAGCCCAUGGCCGUGCUGAGUCCCGUGACCCAGAAGACCCUGAGGAGAGCUCCAGCUCAGAUGAGAACCACAGCCAUGGCCCUAGUGGGAGGCAUCUGCUUGUCCACGGCCGGAGGUAUGUGCGAGAAGUACGCUCCAACCUUGAUGAGAUCCGUACCGUGCCUGAUGACAUCAAAGUUGAGAGUGGCUGCCUUGACCUCAAGCAUGAUGUUGCCAGUACCUGGAGCCUUAAUGUUGAUGAUUUCAUGGGCUUUGAGCAAGACAAGGACAGUAACUCCGAGUCUGAUGACAGUUGCCCCCCGAGCCCUGGGUGCUCCUUCAGUGAAGGGUUCUCCUCCAAGCUCUUUCACCCUGACUAUGUCCCUAAGGUAGACAAGUGGUCCCGGAUCCUCUUCCCUCUUGCUUUUGUGGUAUUCAACAUUGUUUACUGGGCAUACCAUAUCAUUUAGUCCCGCAGUGCCCCAGAGUGGCAGGGACACUGAGCUCUACUCCUUUCACAUUUCCUUUUGUUCUGUUUUGCCUUCUUUACUUUGUUUUAUUUUGUCAUUAUGUGGGCAGUCAAAUCAGUUCUACUUUUCUCUUUAUAAACAUGAGGUGGGAGUAGUUAGAAAGGAUGUGUUUUGGCUAGAAGGAAAGAGAUUGAAGGAGGAGUUGGAGGUAAAUAGCACAUUGAUUUUCCUUUUCUGCUAAAAGGCUAUCACCUUUUCAAAGACUUCUAACUGCUAAGAAGCAUGGGAAAUCCCCGGAAAUGUUUAGAAGACAGAGAGGAGCCAGGUUGGGGAACAGAAGAAGGAUCCACUCCCUGUAUACAAACAUUUCUGGGGGAGUUUCUGUCCCCCCGAGGUGUUGAAUUUUCUUUUUCAUUAUUUUUUUUCUUCUGUUUUUUCCUCCUAGGGAUUAUGGUCCUUGCUCACUACCUGCUUAGGGUUCUACAGGAGAAUAUCAAGCUGGGUUUGGCUGGGGUGCACAGGGAAAGGGCUAGCCAUGGCUUGUAAGUGCAGGGAGCUGGCUCUAGGGAACUUGGGGAAUUUUGAAAGUGCCUUUUCUCCAGUGUUUUUUCUGUUGUGUUUUGAGUGUGGUGUUGUGGCAUGGGGUUGGGAGUGGAAUGUGGGAGGGUGGAUAGGGGUGCUGAGUGGGAUGUUAGGGUAAGUGAAAGAGCAUGUUUCCAGCAGGAGCUCGCAGGGAGUGCAUUAUGUCGGGUUGGAGAUUAGUCAGAUUGAGCUGGCAUCUUUGGAGGGAUUGGAACUUCUCUUAUCUAUAUUUCUGCUUCAGAAUGCUUGACAAGAGGGACUCAAUACCUCUGUCUAGGUCAGAUACUGAUUUGAUCACCAGUCACAGAGCAAGCACUUGGUGAAUGAAGACUAGGGUUAGGAAAGUUCUGACUUGAUAUUUCACUGUCUAAUCCAUAACAGCAGACAAAAAAAACUGUUGUGAAUCUAUAUACUAAUCCUCUCUAUUUGUCUAGUGCAUAGUAAGUAUCAAUGAGCUCACUGACCCAUCACAUCGUCGAAGCCUUGCGGGAGCCCUGUGAGCCAGGGAAGGCAAAGCACAUCAUUCCCAGUGUUCCGAGGGGAAAAAAUAGAGGUUAUGUACCAUGUUUGAGGACAUGCCACCUGUGAGUGGUGGAACCACCUCACUUGCUCAUCUUCUUGUCCUCAUAACUCUCUCAACCGAGGCGCUCCCCUUUCUCCCCUCCCCUUUACAAAAGGGGGUGCUCUAUCAGAUUCUGAUUAUCUGCCAGGCACCAGACCUCAUUCUACAGCACCUGUAGCAUCUCUGCAGGAAGAGGCUGGUGACCAGCCAAUGAGUGUGAACCAAGCACAUGGAACAUGGGCACUGCCCACCCAGUAGGGCUCGUAAGGGAAAUAGAAAGUAGCCUAUGCUCCAACUUGCCAAGCAGUUCCACCUCAUUGACAGAGGCUGUGAGGGAGCAAGAUUUGCCAAGCACUCAGCCUAUGUCCCUCCUUUCUCUCUAGGCAGCCUCUCCUACAGCCCCUCAGCCACCUACCCUUUUAACUGUGUUUCUGUGUUUGUGUUUCUGUGUAUAUUUGCAUGUGUGUGUGCCUCAAGGUAGUUCUGUAUGCACAUACAACCAUUUGAGAAGCUGUGUAGUUCUAUGUAUAGCGGUGUAAAUCUAUAUUGGUGCAUAUAAGAGUAUAUAUAUAACAAUGAAUGAAUGCAUAUAUGUGUGUGCGCACCCCUAUGAAAGAGUGUGUAAACUUGUGACUUACAUAUAUGUGUGCUUGUGUGUACACACAUGGGUUUAUUCUGUGUGCGUGUAUAUAAGUGCAUGUGUGCAUGCCCAUGUUUAUUUCUCUGAUUUGAAUGAGUGUGAAAGGAAAUACAUAUAUUCCCUGUUGGUGGCUUUUCUAGAGCCACCAGAAUUCCCUUGGCCUGUUCCCACAUAAGGGGGACUCCUAUUUGGCCAGGCUGGUUAACUGACUGUUUCUUUCCAAUUCCCUGUUCCAGGGAGCAGUAUCUCCGAGUCUCCAUCCACUCCUCUUCUCCUCCCUCCACCCACCUGUGCUGUCUCCUACAUAGAGGAUGUAGAAGAAGUAACUGUAGUCCUAGGAAGUGAUAAUUUAGUGCCUUGAGGAAGGAAGUGCUCAAUUGUGGGAUAAGCUUGGAGUGCAGAGCAUUUUGCUUUUUCCUGGAAAGAUAUGUUUUGGAGUAACAAAGAUGGGGUGGGGGGAGGGAGAAGCCUUGAAGAUGCAUUGAGGACAGAAAUAUGAUGUAGACAGUGGGGUGGGAGAGCUAAAUAACUGGAGAGGGGGUUGUAUAUAGCCUUUAUAACUCAUCCCUUUAUUCCACUCACCUUGUUAGCCUGACACGUGUUGGGGCUGGAGGCAGCCGCAAGCACGUGGGUGAUGUGAGGAAAUGGCCCAGGGGAUUGGCUGCUAGCAGCUGGAUGCAGAAAACCAAAGGUGCCUGGGAGAUGGCUGCAGGCAUGGACUGUGGUGGUGGGCCCAUUCAGGGACAGGGGCGCUUUAGUAUCCCAUCCUGGGAUGGUUGUUGGCUAAACUUCAGCCUUGGAUUUCAGUCCAGAACACCCUCCUUCCACCCCCUUCAGGGAAAGAGAAAGUCAGAGGGGUGAGAAGGCUGACCAAAGACAGAACUACAAGGAGCCCCAGGGACUGACUGCCUAGUUCAGUCCAGCUUGUCACCUCUCUUCUUUUCUAUACAGGUAGUAUGCAAAUAUAGCCUCCUGCACAUACAUGCCACAGAGACCUACACAGUCACACAUACAUACAUACACAUGAGGACACUCACCCUCAGCAGUAUAUACAUAUACACACACAGACAUGCACAUUCACAUACAGUCACACAUAUAUUCCCAUGCACAAUCACAUAUGUUUACCUUCAUAUUGUCACACACACACACACAUGCAAAUCUCCUAAGACAGCUAAAAUCAAGAAAUUGUUGCUGGCAUGUCUAAAAUUGCCUCUUUCUUUUUGGACACCCCUCAAAGAGAGAUCCAGGUUGAGGGGAGAGCAAUGACCCCACAUCUGAAGUUCCCAUCGUGGGUAUUGAAAGACUUGCUUCCUGGGGCCUAAACAUUUGUUGGUUGAUUUGGAUUUGGGUUUUCAGGAUCCUGGAGGGCCUUUAAGCCCUGAGGGAGGCAAGCAGUUCAUUUGGGGUGAGGUCAUACAGAGAGAUUGGGCAGUGAGGACAAAAAAGGGGAUUUUAAGAUGUGUCUGGCAGCAAUGCACAGGAAAGCUUCAGAGCACAGAGGAAGGGCAGAGAGGCCAGUUGUAAAUAUCUCCAUAGAUCCACAUAGCUAGAUAUAAUCUUAUACCUUAAAGAGUACCUUGCCCUAAUGUGCUGCAAUAAGAGCAGUUGAGCUCUACUGCGACUUAUACUGUGUGAGGUUAAGUGUCAAGGUGAGGUGGAGGUUUGGCAAUUGCACCUUUUCAGAAAUUUGAACCUUUUGGGUUUGCCAUGGACUUGGUUUUUUUAGCCUGAAAAUUGCCAGAUCUCCACUUGUCAUGUUCUCUGUGUGUUCUGUCGUCAGCAUCGUCGUUGAGCCCCAUUCCUAGCUGUCCCCAGCCAAAGAGGCACACCCUCCUCUAGCUGGCUGCCUACAUCCCCUCCCACUCCUCACCUCACACCAAGUAAGUCUGGAAAUGCAGAGCAUCUAGCAGGGCCCUCCUGGGGUUAGGCCCAUGGAGCCUUUUUCAGCCCCAGUCAAUCGGAGAGUGCUUGUAGUGAUAGACAAUUUGGGGCUUGGGAAGAGGGAAGGGUCUUGCUGAGUCUGGGAUGGAGCAACUCCCACUUUACUCCUCUACCCACCUUGCCUUUCUUUUCCUCACAUGGGCUAUCCAAUUAACUUGCCCCCUAGAAUCCCUUCUCCACCACUACCACAGGAAGGACACUCUCUGUCUCUCAAAAGUGUCACUUUCUUGUGGGGAUAUAUGACACAUUUCCUAGCAAGGUCUUGCCUGUUCCAUCUGUCACUGUGGGGUGUCUUUGCAGAGAUAAUGGACGAUCUGUUGGGUCUUACUGGAGCUUAUCAAAUGUGUUCUUACAAUCUGUGUCAUCUUGUUAAUAGCAAGGCUACAAAAUCUUUGCAUAUUUAGAGCAGAAUUUUGCUGAGACUGUGGCCGUUCCUAAUGAGGCUUCCUUAUUCUGUACAUAAAAGAGCUAACCCUUUGAGCUAUUAACUGGUGAAUGCAUUUGCUAAGCUAUCCACCUGCAUGGUACCCUGCUGCAGUGAUGAGCAGCAAAGGAAAUCGUGACUUGUCCUACAGAAAGUGCAGUGUGUUUGUGUUUAUUGUAUACUGUCCUGUGAUCAAUAAGAAAUCUGUACGAUCAGUGUUGGGGUUUCAGGGUGGGGGGUGUUACAGUGUCUCCCUAAUCUACUUCAAUUAUGAAAUAGCCCCAGUUGAUCAGGGUCACCUCUAUUAACUCAACAUGUGUGAGACCCUGCACCCACCAUCUUACCAGACUGCAUCUCUGAGGUCAGUAGUCAUCAGCAGAACUAAAGGUGUCCGAGUGUAGCGCAGCCGGCCACGGUGCCUGAUGUCCAGCAGUGCCAAAGAAUUCUUCAGAGGGCAGCCAAGGCAUGCCAUUCUGGAGGCAGAUGAAAUAUGGUAAAACCACACACACGCAGGUCUUCAGGAGUGGUGCUGGGCCCAGGCAGUGAGAGGAGGACCAAGACCCACGAGUCCUGGAUGAACUGACCCACAAAGGGCUACAGAGCAGGAGAGAAACCCCCAAGAUGACCCAAUGCCGUCUUUGUCCUCAUUAAAUGUACAUUUUUGCGUGAAAAAGACCUUGACCAGUCCUGACUUCAAAAAAGAAAAACAUGAAGAAACAUAAAAUUAUGCUUCUAAAAAAUAUGCUGAAAUAAAGGUUUGUAAAUAGCCAAAAGAAGAAA